UAUACCUCCUACAAAUUAGAUUCUAGAAAGGUUUUAGGACUUGCGUUAAACACUUGUUUCCGAGAUGUGCGAGCCUAAGUAUGGAGACUGAAAGCCGUGUCUGUGCCUAAUUACAAGGCAGCGCUCACGAAACGAGGCUAUGCGAACACAAUAUUCGAUUUGUAUGCAGUGUCACAGUCUCCGCCUUGUCCAUCAAGUCGCCACGCAGCCAAACAAAAGGCCGUUACAACGCAUGGUAAGCGUUCUUACUCCCAUUUCAUUUCUAUUGUACUCUGUUUUUUCUUCUUCUCCUUUACACCAUCCUCGUUCUCUGUGGGUGCCAGUACUUCUAAAGUUCUGGUGUCAACGUUCUUCAGGCUUUCUUGCUGCUCAGUGCUCUUGCCAUGAAACUCUCAUUGGCUUCCUCACUACUCGUUUACAUUACCUUUCUUUUAGAUGAUCUGUCUGCCGUCAACGCCCUUCGCCUCCAUGGUAUCAGACCACCCCCACGUUCGGGAUUGGGGAGGAGGGUCGCUAUGAGUGGUGACCUGAAGAAUAGUGGGGAUGUCAAGUACUGGACGAACGUCACCAUGGGUGGCAAGUCCGUGUCUCUACUGCUCGACACUGGAAGCUCCGACUUGACUGUCGCAGGAGAUAUACCUAACACAAAAGACACUGGAAAGACGACAGAGCUAAGCUAUGCCAUCGGUUCGGCGAAAGGUCCCAUUAAGCUAGUCGAAGUGGGGUAUGAAGGCUAUACGAUACCAGACCAAGCAUUCGUUUUGGACACCAGUGGAGUGCAAGGGGAAGACCAAGGCAUUAUCGGUCUGGGGCCCAGCUCGAACAGUAAAAUCCGCCAAGUGCUCAACAGUGCUGCGGGCAAUCCUGUAGUCGACCACAUAUUCAAACUCAAUUCCUCUACUCCCAACUUCAUUUCUAUCAUAUUGGGACGAAGUGAUGAUCCUGACGACAAAUACCCUGGAGACUUGACUAUCGGUGAAAUCAUUGAUGGGUAUGAGAACAUCACCUCGCAGCCGAAGUUGGAGGUGUUUGACGUGAAAGCGAAUGGGGGCCAGCAUUGGCAGACACUCAUUGACGCGAAGGGAAUCCUGGGCCCUGACGGACAACCUGUGAACGUCACUUCGCGUGUAAAGGGUGGCAGCAAGAACAGGCUGAAUGCUAUCUUUGAUACCGGUUUCACGAUGUCUCAGGUUCCGCAAGCUGUUGCAGAUGCUUUCUACUUGCGUGUUCCGGAUGCCAAGUUGGAGAACAUUACCGGUGUCGGGGAGAUCUACACUGUGCCAUGCAAUGCGGAGCUGAACGUUACAUUCAAGUUUGGCAAUGUCAGUAUCCCUGUUCACCCCCUGGACACCAGUUCAGACGAUCUGGGUCGAACGGAUCCGUUGGGCAAUCAGAUUUGUCUUGGGGGUUUCCAACCGAUCCAGGAUUCUGCGGAGUCAGAUACCUAUGACAUAAUUCUUGGUAUGACUUUCUUGCGUAACGUCUAUCUCCUCAUCAACUUUGGAGAUUUCGUCGACGGAAAGGAUGGCAAGACAAAUGAUCCCUACAUUCAGCUCCUCUCUAGGACUGAUUUGGCUGAAGCACACACCGACUUCGUCGUUAACCGUCUAGAUGGCGUGGACGACACCGACAAUUUUCAUCUUUUGCCUGCCAGUGUCCUGCCUGUUGUAGACCAGGAUCCAGACGACAACGAGUCACUAUCGGAGAAAAUCAAGCCAUACCUCCCAUACAUCAUCGCGGGCAGCGCCGUACUUGGCUUGCUACUGCUCAUUGGCAUCUUCUUCUGCAUUCGCAGUAGCAGACAAAAGCGCUACCGACGUCUGCAUGACCCGGCACCUGCUGGACUUCAUCAUUCGCAGGAACCACCGUUUGCGAGCUACCAACCUGCUCGGCGCUACUAACCUUGUAUCACUGUAUACUGUACUUACCUCUCCUUGCUUUUGGUUGUCGCUCUUUGGUUGAUCACGGACGCUAUCUGUUCCAUAAUCUUCACACGCAUCUAUCUACCUUGCUUACAUGAAAAGGGACUUUGUCGCAUCGUAUUUAUGCUUGAUGCUAAGUACAUUUUGUAUACAAUUAUCUGAAUACCCACCUUGGUUGUUGCAUCCGCGUCGAGACCUGGGGCCCGCUGACUGGCCGUGC